AGGGAAAAUCGGAAUAAUCAACCUGAGCCUCUCGGAACAACAGACGAAGAGGGCCAAACCAACUCGCUCACAAGCCAUUCUCUUGCCAGUUCUACCUUAGUUGCUUCUAACCAUAAUCGUCUUCGCCGUCUGCCUACUUCCCGCGUCACCUCCAACCAGCCCCCUUCCGGUGGAAUUGGCCGGAUUAGCAUUGCUAACAACCACAGCUAUGAUGAAGACGAUAGUUGCGAGGAAGGAUAUGAGUACAAUCGCAGGGAAGCCUUGGAUAUGCGUAAUGGCUCCCGAAUACGCUCAUCUUUUCCUGGGUCCAAAGAUGAUUAUAUAUUGAAUCGGCCUCGUCCGCGACAGUUAAUUCAACCUACUAGCUAUCAAGCAAGGCGUGGCCAACCUCUGCCCUCAGGGACUUCAGUGCGAGGUGGAUAUUUGGCCUGGCGUACGCGACAACAGCAGCAGCAACAACAACCACAAUGGAAAGGACAGUCUAGAAAGGAAUGUGAAGAAUCCGGUUACGAUGGAGAUGACUAUGAAGGCCAUAAUAAAAAAUUGAUGGCUGCAGAGCCUGCAGAGAAGUCGAGCCAAAAGCAACAAAUUAAUGAACAUAGCAGCGACGAGUCGGAAGACGAAGAGGAGGAGAUGAAGGAAACUCUUGGCAAGCGCCAGGUUUACCUAUCUAAAAAUAAGUCAGGUGGUCCCGGCCUCCUCAGAGUGACUCGACGACUCGAUAAUCAACAGAUCCGCCAGCAGCACUAUCCGAAUAAUCUUGGAGCUGGUGUAGGGAUGGCCAGACGUCAUACGCCCACUGAGAGCUCUGGCUCGAAUGAACCACACUCUGGUCCACCCGGCCGCAGGAGAGGCCCUGCCUUCGGAAGACCUUUGGAUGACGAUGCGGGGAAUAGCCGGUCUGGUUUUGAUAUGCGGACUGGUCUUGCCUCGCGCCGUUCCGGUCGUUUAACUACAGUCACCAACAUCAAUCGCAGAUUAGGCCCUCCCAUGCCGGGCAGUUUUCAAACAGAGUCUAGCCAAUCACGAGUUGGCCGUCGGGAUGACCUCACAACACCUGAGUCCAUCGGUGGUUAUCGGAGGUCUUCACAACAGCAUCAUUUAUCUUCAACAACGACGAUACAGGGCUCUGCUGGUCCGCCAGUUACCGAAGGUCCAAAGAGGUAUCUCGCAGCUAAAAAACCCACUUACCAAUCCACUGGCAGCGUAGCUGCAUCUACCAGUGGUCCCGUAGUUGAUGAGCAG